AUGGUGACUGGCAAGUCGCAGCCGGGCGCUGACCAUCUGCACCAUUUCGCGCCCACGCCUGCCCGGCACGAGGCGAUCGCGACCUCGCCCCCCUCCAAACGAGACCUGGCAUCCUGGUGGAGGCAGUUCAAGAGAAAUACUCGCAAGGAGGAGCCUGAAGUAGAAGUCGCGCGCGGUAUCUUCGGCGUCCCUCUCAACGUGAGCAUCAAGUACGCCAACGUCGCCAUCUCCUUGACCAACGAUAACGGCGGAAGUUUCAUCUAUGGCUAUGUGCCCAUCGUUGUCGCAAAGUGUGGCGUCUUCCUGAAAGAAAAAGCGACCGACGUCGAGGGUAUCUUUCGGUUGAACGGCUCGGCGAAGCGCAUAAAGGAUCUCCAGGAGAUUUUCGACUCCCCCGAACGGUACGGCAAGGGGCUGGACUGGUCGGGAUACACGGUUCACGAUGCAGCCAAUGUGCUGCGUCGCUAUCUGAACCAGCUGCCGGAGCCCAUCGUCCCGCUUGAAUUCUACGAGCGCUUCCGUGAACCGCUGCGCAUCUACCAGCGUCAAGUCCAAGCCACCUCCGAGCAGGCUCCAGUUGCGGACGCCGACAAGUUCGACCACCCCAAGGCGGUCGCCACCUACCAGCAGCUGAUCCGCGAGCUGCCGCCGCUGAACAAGCAGCUGCUGCUCUACAUCCUCGACCUGCUCGCCGUGUUCGCCUCCAAGUCCGACCAGAACCGCAUGACCUCCGCCAACCUGUCCGCCAUUUUUCAGCCGGGCUUGCUCUCCCACCCGCAGCACGACAUGUCGCCCGACGAGUACAAGCUGAGCCAGGACGUUCUGAUCUUCCUCAUCGAGAACCAGGAUCAUUUCCUCUUCGGCAUGAACGGCACCGCGGCCGACGAGGAGACCAUGAAGGAGGUCGAGUCCGGCCUUGCGCCGCGCCCAAACGCCACUCGCACCACUAGCAUCCGCCGCUCCGUCUCCAGCGCCAGCAACGGCACGGAUGGCCUGCGCAAGUCGGCCAAUCUCCGCCGGAACGUUUCCGUCUCGUCACGGAACUCCCGUCAAUCUAGCAAUGCCCCUAGUCCGGGUACCCCGACCUCCUUGACGGGGAGUGGCGUCCAUCGCAGCAAUACCCUGCCCUCCAAGAUGUCCCCCGCCUUGUCCCAUUCCCGAUACAACCGACCUACAGCAGAAACGGUAAACAAUAACAACAAUCCCCCUCCGCAAGUCUCGACCCUCAACCCUGCAUCGGCUGCGCACUCGCGCUCUGCCAGUCGAUCUGCCAGUCGCACUCCUCCGCCGCCACCGCCGCCGCCGCCGCCGCCGCAUGAAGUGCCGUCCACGACCUCGACACCGGGCACCGUAUAUAUCCAUACUUCCACACAUGGUCCAAUCCCCGUCAAUUCGGCGGAGGCGCCCUCUUUCAUCGCCUUGAAACAAACCUUACCAGAUGCCUCGACGGCGAUGGCAACGUUGCCUCCACCCCCGCUGGUCACCCCGACCAAGGAGCGCAAGCUGUCGAGCUUCUUCAGCAAAUCCCCGCCCAGCGGGGACCAGAGAGAGGGCCGACAGCCCAACCGGCUGCGAAAGAAGCGGAUCCCCGGCAGUGCGAAUGAAAGCGCGCAGAGCUCGUCGCAGUCGCUCCAGGCCGUGAUCGCUGAUUCCACCCUAAUGUCCGUACCUAGAAGCUCCCCGGAUGGGCCUGGUGGCGCGGCGGAUUCCACACCCCGCGCGACAACCGGUCUGCUCGAGAAUAAUAAUGAGACCACGCCGCAGGUUAAACGCGACCCCAACGGCCGGGACACCGCAUCCGCCCAGACGGAGAGUAGCCAUGUGUCGGAGAACACGUUGCGACCCCAUGGAUCCCGGACGCCGUCGAUGAACUCACGGUCCUCCUUUACGGACCAUUCCGAUUUCGACCAGCCAGAGGAGGCGGCGGUUUCGUCCAAAUCCGACCGCAAUAAGGAUCACCGGCGGAGCUGGCGUUUUCAGCGGUCGGCGAAACGCAGCAGCAACGAACACAUCGGCCUGGGUCUCGGCUCGCCGCCCCUCAUAGCCGUCAAUCCUGGCGCGACGCAGAGCAACAGCUCGUUUGGCAGCAGCUUACACCACGCGAGCAAAACCUCGCCGCCGCCGCCGCCGCCGCCGCCCGACCCGUCCAACCACCCCAUCAGUCUCAACUCCGAACUCAGCGGCAGCAGUGCAGCCAGCCCCCCGAGGGACUCGUCCGAACCGGAGAAGAAGAGUCUGCUGGGCAAAUUUCGAGCCAAGGUUGCUCAGGUGCGCGAGGGGGUCGUCAAAGACUGGGACACCGAGCGCGAACGGGCCAAGAGCCCGACUCCCUCCGACGGCGGCCGCUCCGUCUCGAGCCAGAUCCUUGCCCCGAACGGCACGGAGACGGCCAAACCCGUCAAGCCUGUUCCUAUGGACCUCCAUCGGGAGCCAAAUUUCGGCAGUAGUCCCAUCGCCAGCCCGCCCAUGUCUCCGCCGGUGACCUCGGGGUUUCCGCCUGUCAUCCCGGAAGAGCCGCCGUCUCCAGAGCUGACUACCGCCGUUCCACAUGCUGUCAAAGCUACUGAUACUGUUCCUCCUGCUGCUGCUCCUGCUGCUGCUCCUGUUGCUGCUCCUGCAGCCGAUGUUCCUGUUGAUAGUGUUGCCGUCAAUACUUCUGCUGUUCCUGAGGCUACCGAUGUUUCUGCUCCUGCUGCUGAUGCUCCCGCUGUAUCUGAGGCAAAGAUGGAACCUCUCGAUGCCGCUGUCACAGCCACCCCAGAAGCAAAGAAGAACGAGAUGACCUCGACACCGCCGAAUCCCCCCUCUACAGCAGGCAGCAGCAGCAGCAGCAGCAGCAGCAGUAGCCCAGCAGCCACCCCAGGCCCCGUGGGCAUCCUCGCCACCCAACCCGCCACGAUCUACUCGUACCUGCAUCCCGCCCUCCUGCUGAGCGUGUACGCCGCGCGGUUCCCCUCCCUGGUCGCCGACCCCGUCACCGAGUUGCUGGGCACGAUCCCGCUCCUUGCCGUCCUGCAACUCAGUUAUGCGGUGAUUUGUCUCCCCGCCGCGGGGUCAGCGCCUGUCGACACUCCUACCAACAGCGGUGCUUCGUCGCCUGGGUCCCGCAAGAAGAAGAGAAAGGUUGAAUCGGGGAUUUCCCUGAAACUAGUUCCCGCCCUUCUCUCCCUAUUCUUGUCCAUCUCAUUGGCAACACCCGUUCUUGCCGCCCUGCUCGUCCUCUUCGGAAGCCCCCUGACAACCCACCAGGCUCACACGAUGCUCUGUGCCGCACACAUGGCCCUCCUCUCCUCCGUCCCGCUCGUGUAUGUCCAUGGCGUCGACGGCGCGGUCUGGAAGGACGUCUGGGCGUUUGCUCGUCCCCUGGAUGCCGUCUGGGGGGGUGCCCUGGGCACCUGUGUUGGUGCUUGGCUGGGUGCCAUUCCGAUUCCGCUUGAUUGGGACCGUCCGUGGCAGGCAUUCCCGAUUACAAUUCUUACAGGCGCUUAUAUCGGAUACGCUCUCGGCUCCCUCUUUGGACGGACGGCUCUGGUCUAUGGGAAGCGCGUGGAGAUUGAUUAG